GCCCCGGGGCGGGUAGGCAGCUCCGCCGUCCACGGUGGCAAUUGGCUGCGUUUUUCUCUUCUGUCUACAGCUGCAGGUCGUGGCCCAAACACAGUAGACAGUGCACACAUACACGAACACACGGUGCUUCACGUGCAAACACGCACAUUUUGUGGCGUGAGUGUGCGCGAUGCUGCUAGAGCCCAAAGUCCUCUGGUCCGUGGUGCUGACUGUUAUCGGAAUGUUUGAAGAUUAACGAGGUUAUCCGUGUCCUGUAGACCACAAGCCACUGCCAGCUGUACCCCUGCAGGCAGGCCAGGAAGCCGACAGAGCAGGCGGACAGCGUGUCGAGGCGGGCUGGAAGGAAGGAAGUCACCGCUGUAGCUGCAUUGAACGACGGCAGAGGACGGCACCAUGACCGAGAAACGGAUGUCGAGGUGGUAUUUCGGUGGGCUGGCGUCCUGUGGAGCCGCUUGCUGCACGCAUCCUCUGGAUCUCCUCAAGGUGCACCUGCAGACACAGCAGGAGGUGAAGAAGAGGAUGAUGGGGAUGGCCAUUCAUGUGGUGAAGAAUGACGGGGUGCUGGCUCUUUACAAUGGCCUCUCUGCCUCCCUUUGUAGACAGAUGUCCUAUUCUCUCACCAGAUUUGCCAUUUAUGAGACAGUGAGGGACAUGCUGGGCAGCACAAGCCAGGGCCCCAUGCCCUUCUACCAGAAGGUCCUGCUGGGAGCCUUCGGAGGUUUCACUGGCGGGUUUGUUGGUACACCGGCAGACAUGGUGAAUGUCAGGAUGCAGAAUGACAUGAAACUACCACCAGAACUGAGGAGAAACUACAAACAUGCCAUCGAUGGGCUCUUCAGGGUCUCCAGAGAAGAGGGUGUGAGGAAACUGUUCUCAGGAGCCACCAUGGCCUCCAGCAGAGGAGCCAUGGUCACUGUUGGACAGUUGGCAUGUUAUGACCAGGCCAAGCAGCUGGUGUUGGGAACAGGGAUGAUGGGAGACAACAUGCUCACACAUUUUCUUUCCAGCUUCAUUGCUGGAGGCUGCGCGACAUUCUUGUGUCAACCUCUGGAUGUACUAAAGACGAGACUGAUGAACUCAAAGGGAGAGUACACGGGGGUGACACAUUGCUUACGAGAAACCGCCAGGCUGGGCCCAAUGGCAUUUUACAAGGGUCUGGUCCCAGCAGGGAUCCGCUUGAUUCCCCACACGGUGCUCACCUUCAUCUUCCUCGAGCAGCUCAAGAAGAACUUUGGCAUUCGCAUCAUCUCCUAAACUCUGCAAUGGGCUGCUCUGUAAUCUCAGCACUCAGUACUUUAAGGCCAGUCCACCAGUGGUGCACAGCGCAUUCAGAGCCCACGCCAGUGUAAUAGCAAUUGUAGACUGUGGCUUAAGAAGUUUGUGCCAGGAAUGUGUAUCCUGUAGACCUCAACAACACUUGAUUGUUUUCCUAUUAGGCCAAGAUGUUGUUUGUGAUUUAGCAGAAGUCUAAAAUGUACUUACAAACACAAUGUAGCCUUGUCAUCAAUCUAUAAUAUUUCCCAAAAGCCAUCACUAAAACAUGACUAAACAAGCUUUUAUGUAACAUACAUAGUAAUCAUUCCCAAUAGUGGUGACCAAAUGUGAUGCACCCUGAAUUUUACAGUUUUACAGAUUUAUUUGUUUGACUUCUUAUCAUGUAAUAAUUAGUUUUGAACGGGAAAUCAGCCACUAACACGUUAGAAUUUCAUUAACUUUUACCUGAUUCUCCUCCCUUCAUUCCACUCCUGUCACAAUUUCAUUCUUAAAUCUUUCAGAGAAGAGGACCAAGCUUGUUUGUCUUGUGGUUUUAAGUAAGGAGGGAGUUAGCGGGGGAAACUGUGAACCAGUCGGAGCAGACUGUUGAAACUACAUUUGGCAGUGGCUCUUGCAUUGACUUCUCCAGUCCUAGUGAAUUUGAAUUUGCAAACGACCACUUGAUCUCUUUAAGUUCCUACUGUUUGAAUAGAGAAUCAUGUAGAGAACUGCUGUACAGUACAAGUGUACCUGUAGCCAUUUCAUCUCUAAUGUUAUUACUCCAUUGAGCUAAAUGCAUGUCAGACUUUAUGACUCAGGAUGCUAUUAUGUAAGGCACUUUACUGAAACUCAAUGGACUCAUACUCACUAACCUGCUGCGUAGAAACACAUGCUGUACACUAAAACAUGUUCUAAAAGUAAGAAUGGAAAUAUUUUCAUUUGUAUUGACUUUAAAAUGUUAAUGGUUCCAACCGAGGAUGUUUUCUGCCUCUUGUUGUCCCAUUAUAAGUCUGACUUUGGUUCAAGCAUUCUCUGUGCUGUGCCUGCUCUGUUUACAGAGACGAGUAAUGUUGCCUUACAGUAUCUGUCCUGCAGGGGGCAGUAUAGUAAUGUGUGAAGUAUCUUCUCCUGUGCUGAUAAGUCCUGCACCUUCAUCCUAGGAUACAAUAAAAAAAAAAAAAAAAAGACUAAUAAUGUCACUGAAUGACUGUUUGCCUGCAUGUUCUUAUUUUCAAGAGUUGCAGUGUGAGGUACGGUGUGGUACAUCAGCCAUAAUAUUGGUACUCUUAACCCUAAUUUUAUUCAUACGCACAGAAAUGAAACUGGAGGAACCCACAGUUCUGGGUGUUGCGAAUCUGUAUUUUGUAGAUCAUUCACCAAGAAUUUUGGAAUUAAAAUACUAAUGGAAAAAAUA